AUGGUGGAAAUCUUCUGUAAUCGCUUGAUGAUCUCCCCCUUUCCUCGAGGGGGAUCUCUGCUCUUUCCAUUGCUUUCUCCUUCGGAUCUUGCAAGGAGGGCUGGUAUCACCGUUGCGUCGGAGUUGAUCAAUGAAUCUGUAAUCGUUACACCCAACGACACUCUCAUACCACCUUGUUUCUUGUUUUAUCUUAUUCGAUUCAAUUUGCUUAAUUGUUUUACUGGGAGAGGCGGCGAAAGUCGGCUUCUGAUUAGCAUUACCGUUAUCGGAAGCGCCAGACCGAUUCGUUUUGUGGUUAACGGGGAGGGGCUUGUUGCUUCCUUCAUGGACACCGCUUUCAAAUCUUACGCACUUGAAGGAUGUCUCCCAAUACUCGGUUCCAAUAUCCAUGAUUUCGCUCUCUAUUGCCCAAUCGUCGGAACCGAAGCUUUGAGUCCAUUGAAGACUAUCAGAUCAUUUGGGGUUAGAAACUUUAUGAAUGCAAGAAGCCUCAGGCGAUAGAGGAAGGUUGUGAUGGAAAACCGACGACGGUGGAAAUAACGAGGAAGAACUCAAGCAGGUGGAAAUCGUGGUUCAAUAAAUCACACAGUUUCAAAGUUUCUUCUCAUUGAAUUCUUGAUUAAUGCAAUGUAGGGAACUUAUCUUCCCCAAUUUGAUUUAUAAUUUCAGAAUUUGAUUUGUUUCACUUUUCUCUGUUUUGAUAAUUUGAAUUUGGUUUCCCAGUUGAAUUCUUAAUUAUGCAAUGGUGA